UCGCCGUCCUCGGUCAGCGCCGGCUCCGUCGGCAGGUCUGCUCCAGUGGUAGUGUUCAAUCAGCCCACUGCAACCAAAGCCGGCUCCAAGCUGACGCCGCAGGAGAAACUGAAGAGGAAGAUGCAGAUGGCGCUGCAGCGGCAGUACAAGGCGGAUAAACGCGCCGAGCAGAGCCGCGCCGUCAAACAGGAGAAGGAGCAGGAGGCGCGUCAGGCGGAGCUGCGCUCGCGCGCCAGCCUCAUGCGCAAAAAGGAGCGCCAGAAGUGGCGGCACGAGAACGGCGAGCCGACCGACUCGGACUCUGACGACUCGCACUUCUCGGACGGCUCGACCCCGGCCGCGCCGCCGCCGCCGCCGCCACCGCCGCCGCCUCACGACACACACCGGCCCGGGGGCCAGCACAGCGGUGACUGGGGGCGGCAUCACGAUGACGGUCCGGACCGGUACAGCGCCUGGCGACCGCUACAGCGGUGGUGGCGGCGACAGAUACGGGGACCGCGGCAACGGUGACGACCGGUACGGGGACCGCGGCAGCGGCGGUGAUCGGUACAGCGGUAGCGACCGGUACAGCGGCAAUGACCGGUACAGCGGCGGUGACCGGUACGGCGGGGGUGACCGGUACGGCAGUGGAGACAGGUACGGGGACCGCGGUGGCGGCGGCAGUGACCGGUACGAGGAUCGGUACAGUGAGCGGUACGGCGGCGACCGCGAGUGGCGGCCGCCGCGCGAUGGGUACCCGCCGCGCCGCCCGCCGCCCUGGCAGCACCAGCUUGCCGCCGCCGGACGACUACGGACGGCGACCACGCUACCCGGCCGGACCACCGCCGCCGCUGCCGGCGACGCGCCGCGACCACCACUCGUACUCGGCGGCUGCCUACUCGGGGGACCGGAGCCGGCGCGGUGCGGGCAGUCCGGACCGUGACCGGCCCAGCUACCGCCUGGUGGACUACUGACGACCGGGCCGGCGGCGUCGGCCGACCUGGUGUCGCCGGCGAGCCCUGCUCAGCGGCCG